AUGCAUGUGUCCCGGGUGUCCCAUGAGCCAGAGACGUGGCAGGGCACUGAAGACUCUGACCUAUUUUUGUUGGACACCCGCGUGGUGUGGGCCUCAGAAGAAGGCUGGUUGGAAUUUGACAUCACAGCUACUAGCAAUCUGUGGGUCGUGACCCCACAGCACAACAUGGGGCUUCAGCUGAGCGUGGUGACUCGGGAUGGCCUCACCGUCAACCCUCGAGCGGCAGGCCUGGUGGGCAGAGACGGCCCUUACGACAAGCAGCCCUUCAUGGUGGCCUUCUUCAAGGUCAGCGAGGUCCACGUGCGCACCACCAGGUCGGCCCCCGGGCGGCGCCGACAGCAGAACCGCAACCGCUCCACCCAGUCCCAGGACGUGUCGCGGGGCUCCAGUGCUUCCGAUUACAACAGCAGUGAGUUGAAAACGGCCUGCAGGAAGCAUGAGCUUUAUGUGAGCUUCCAAGACCUGGGCUGGCAGGACUGGAUCAUCGCACCCAAGGGCUACGCUGCCAACUACUGUGAUGGAGAAUGCUCCUUCCCACUCAACGCGCACAUGAACGCAACGAACCACGCAAUUGUGCAGACGCUGGUUCACCUUAUGAAUCCUGAGUAUGUCCCCAAACCCUGCUGCGCGCCAACCAAACUAAACGCCAUCUCAGUUCUUUACUUUGAUGACAACUCGAAUGUCAUCUUGAAAAAAUACAGGAAUAUGGUUGUCAGAGCUUGUGGGUGCCACUAACUCGAAACCAGUUGCUGGGGACACGGCCUUGGGUUCCCAGAUGACAUCUGCCUUAACAAACAUUCAGAAGCACGGCGAAGGGGGAGGCAAGCCUUUGAAGCCGCCCCGGGCUGGCUGGUGCCUUACCGCCCAAGGAAGAACUCGAAGGGCCUCGUUAAGAAUUUGCUCACACGGUAGAGAACGUGGGCAGUUGCUGGUCUGCAGGAAGCGGGGUUCGGAUGUCUGUAGUAUGAAGUCUGGGAACUACAGAAACGUAACUUUGAAGGGUUCCCCCCAACCCUCCCCCAAAAGAAGAGCCCACCAAAAUUAGUUUUAGCUUUAGACCAAGCUAUUUGUGGUGUUAGUGAGUCAAUAGGGAAAAUAAUCUUAAAGGAGUAAGAGUACUCUUGGCUAAAGUACCAGCCGGUUCAGUAGUGUCCGUCAGAGGUCGAUCUACAUAGACAACUGGAACUGGGCGGAAAUGCCUCCCUUCACAGACGGCCUCGGUGCAGGGCAGGUUCAAGCAGGGGCAGCAGCCCGGGCCGACCCGGGGGCUGCGUGAAGUGCCUUUUCUCUCCGCCCCUGCCCUUAAUGUUUGUGCUGGAGUUCAGUCCGUGUGAAAAUACACUCACUUCGGUCAAGCCAACCGUGUCAUUUCCACACCUCAGUCCCUCCCCCCCAUUAGCUGUUCUCCUUGCUAGCGCCCAAAGUAGAGCGAGCGGGUGUUGCGGGGAGGCCAGGGGGGGCAUGCUAGCCGGGUGCCGCGGGAAACCAGCGCUGCACCUCCUCUUCUGGGAUGGCUCUCCGAAAAGCACAUUCACUCCAGGAACGCCGGCUCUACUCUUUCACCUAUUUCAGUAAAAUGGCUCUUUGCCUUUUCCUCGACAGCAUGCCAAGUGGCGGGGUUAGAUCCAGCAAAGGAAACAAAACGGGGAAGGACCGCCAGGACAGGGUCUGGAUAGGCAGGCCCUUAUGAACCCAAAUCCCAGUGUUCUCUUGUAGAAAGGAAGACUCAGAUGAAAUCGUAGAGUAUUUUUAAAGUGUCUUUUUCACGAUCAUGUACUAGGAAGCCAAUUUCAUACUAAACUGAUUAAAUAAUACAUUUAUGAUCUAAAACUGUUUGCACUUACAGCUUUUUUGUAAAUAUAAACUAUAAUUUAUUGUCUAUUUUAUAUCUGUUUUGCUGUAACAUUUAAGGAAACACCAGACUUUUUUUUUUUUUUUAAAAAGAGUUUAUUUAGAAAGUAUCAUAGUGUAAACAAAUUGUACCACUUGGAUAUUCUUUUAAUACAAGACUCAUGAUGCAAAGCUGAAGCCCCGCAUGAGGAUUGUGCUUCUCUAGAAAGUUGGGGUUUUUAAAAGACCAUCUGUGAACCAUACAUAAUUAAUAAAGAUUUCCUUUAAGGCAGA